AUGUCAUGUCGUGUUUGUUCUUCUGGAUAUUUUCUUAAUGAAACUAAAGGAUGUUCAAUAUGUCCAGAUAAUUGUAAAAAAUGUAGUUCAAAUGGAAAGUGUUCAGAAUGUGAUCCUGGAUAUUAUGUUUCUCCAAAUAAAACAUGUUUAAUGUGCUCUAAAGAAGAAAAAACAAUUUGUAAUUCAACAACAUCUCUUCAAGCAUGUAAUACAUGUAAUAAUUAUUGUAUGUUUGAUGACUCAUCUAAUACUUGUAGAGAAAGUCAUUGUGUUAAUUAUUUUAAUGGAACAGAAUUUUGUAGUGAAUGUGAAGAAGAUUAUAUUUUUGAAAGUAAUGGAAAAUUUUGUUUUAAACCAGAAUCUUCAUGUAAAUCAUUUCAGUCUUCAGAAACUGGUAUUAUUCAAUGUGUUGAAUGUCAUAAUGGAUAUUACUUAACAGAUAAUUAUGAGUGUAAACAAUGUGACAAACAAUGUAAAACGUGUAUUUCUUCUUCAGAACAAUGUUUAGAAUGUUCAUUACUUAACGCAAAUUUAGAAAAUAAUUGUGUGGAAUGUAAAAUAUCAAAUUGUUUUCAAUGUAGAGUCAACACAAAUGAAUGUGAAGAAUGUUAUGAAGGAUAUCAACUCGUUGAUGGUGAAUGUAUUGGUUUGUUUUUUUUCUAUUACUUCUUUUCUUUUUCAUUAUUCUAA